AUGGCGCCUACACCGACCGAAAAGGAUCUCCUCGAGACGCGCCAGGCCCGGAAGCGCGAACUCGACCGACGCGCUCAGCGGGCCGCCCGCGAGAGGAACCGCAAUCGCAUCGCCUUCCUCGAGGCCACCAUCGAGGCCAUGAAGCAUCAGGAGUCGAGCCGCGGCGUCGCCCACCUCACCGAGCAGCUGAUGGACGUCACGAGACAGCGGGAUCAUCUGGCCGAGACCCUGUCGUCCAUAAAGGACACCAUUCACAUCCGCCAUCCGUCCGCACCGCCCGCAGCCGAAGCGGCGUCCAAGGCACAGCCCACUCCCGACGUAACGGCGCCCCUACACGGUGUAGAUCACCAGAUAACGCUCGGGAAUGAGCUUGUAGGCGUCGACCUGCAUUCUCCUCCCGUCGACAGCGCCGUCAGUGAACUCUGGGGCGUCCCAUCACCGUCGGAUUACUCCCGAGCCCCGCAGAACGACUCUCUGGCCAUUGCCGCCUCAUCCGCGCCGCUGCACGACGACAUCAACUUUUAUUCCAUCUUCCAGUCAUGCCUCCCUACAACCGACGGGCCCAUCAUCCCCGCCCCCGACGUUGCCUGCGACUGCUCGACGAGUUCGCCCAUCAUCGACCAUGUCAACCCGUCUCCCAGCAUCUGGCGGACCGCAAACGAGGUUCUGGGCCAGAAGGAAAUGCUGUGUCGGAAUACGCUGCAGCUGGAAGAUGAACUGUUCGAAGACACGCCGAUUCGUGCUAUUCUGGAAGGCUGGGACGUUGUGGCGGCUGGUGCUGGCUUGCCUCCGCUCUGGAAUAGGCUUCGCCAGAUCGACGAGCUGCAGUUUCGUGACUGCGGUGACACGGAGAGAUUGGCGAUUAUGAGCACCAUGCAUCGUAUGCUUCGACAUCGCGCCGAAGCGACAGAUGAGCAGUGGGCUAAACUUCCGCCGUGGCUUUUGAGCAGGCCGUCGCAAUCAUUGCCACACUCUUCAGCCAUCGACUUUUUCGUGUGGCCCGGUGUUCGGGAGCGGUUCGUCUUUUCGCAACACCAAUAUUGUUCCAACUCGUUUUGGAAGAUUUUUGUUGAAUGCUUCAGAAUUUCCUGGCCGUUCGAGUUCAGAGACUGCUACAAGAGGAAUACGCGCACAGGGCGGUACUCCAUCUCGCCCGAGUACAUGGACUGCAUCUGGGACAUUAAUUCCUGGACCAUGACAGCGGAUUUCUUCGGGACGUUUCCGGAAAUGUACAGUGACAUACCUUCGUUCAUGGAGGUUCCUCGGUUCCAUCUAAAUACACACGCUGAACGGACGUGGCAUAAGUAUGUGGGAUCGUGA